UUGGCCCUGCCGCGCAGCCGUAGGCCGGUGGCCUCACCAGAGCGCCGGCCCGCGGCAAUUUGCGGCGGCCGGGAAGAUGUCGCUAUUGCGGUCACUGCGCUUCUACCUCUUCGCGCGGACGGGGAGCUGCCAGAUAGGGCCCCCUCCGUUGCAGUCGCCCCAGCCAUGGCACACAUUUCACGCUGGGCCCUGGCUGUCUUCCUCGGCCUCCAGCAAGGAGCUCCUUAUGAAGCUGCGACGAAAAACGGGCUAUUCCUUUGUAAACUGCAAGAAGGCUCUGGAGACUUGUGGCGGGGAUCUCAAACAGGCAGAGCAUUGGCUGCAUGAACAGGCCCAGAAGGAGGGCUGGAGCAAAGCUGCCAAGCUGCACGGCAGGAAGACUAAAGAAGGCCUGAUUGGGCUGCUGCAGGAAGAAAACACGACUGUGUUAGUGGAGGUAAAUUGUGAGACAGAUUUUGUUUCAAGAAACCUAAAAUUUCAACAGUUGGUGCAGCAAGUAGCCCUUGGAACCAUGUUGCAUUGUCAGAGCCUGAAUGAUCAGCUCUCCACAUACAGUAAGUGUGGGGUUUCCGUGUGGAGCUGGGCUUCCUGUGACAGGAGUGGCUUGAAUGCAGACGGGAACGUGAGGGACUCUGUUCGCCAGAGAAGACUUCUGUGCCUCUCUCCAAACAUUACCCCGUCCACAUCCCUGUGUAUGUACAGAUCCAAGUAAAGGAACAGUUUCCCCACGAGACCAGGAAGAGCUGCUGACAAGAACAGAUGGUAGCUUCCUCCUUGAAUCAGAACACCAAGCUCUUUCUAGAAGCUGCAUUUGAAAAUGACUAAAAGAAAGCCAGACUCCUGCACCCAAAGUGAGGAGCGAAGCAGAAGUGCCUGGUGUUCUAGGGGACACCUUCCCCGGCCCCAGCUUCCAACCAGCAGCUAGGUUUACUCACUGAUAUAACACGAUAUUUGAUUUCUGCUGCUGAUCUAUGAUCUCAUCCGGGACCGCAGACUUGAUAAUAGAACGUCGGCCGAGGGUGUCCUGUAGGACCUUCAUCAGCUCUGGGCUUGCUGCCUCCUUGUCUCCCUCGAUCACGCCGAUUUCAGCACGGCCCCCUCGCUCCCUGUCCCGAAUAUCCUUUGCCAGAAGCAUAGCCUGUCAACGAAACCCAUGCAAACACUCAGCUCCUCUGUCCCUGCCCCCUUCUGCCUGAAGCCUUUGGAAGGAGCAGCCUACACCCCAGACCAGAGUUACCCUGAUGCCCCCAGGGGGGCAUCACAGACCCACACACUUAGCCAGUUUCUACUCCAAGGCGGAGGUCCGUCUUGAAUCUCAGGGAAAAGCCAGUGAGGAAGGAGGGAGGAAAAGUACCCCGUGGCCAGGCCUGAGGGAGAGGAGAGAGCAGGGAGACGGAAGAGCUGUACCU